UUUUCGAUCUGCUCUGUCCACUCUCCUUCAGUAGACAGACAGUAAUAGUACUCUUCUUGAUCAGUCUAUUUACUCCCACUACAGAUUUCCCAAAUUCUUCAAAAUUAGGGUUUCCAAGUUUAGGGUUUGCCUAAGCAAACAAUGGCAGACGAAGAAAAAUCAAAAGAUUUGACAGCAAUGGUUGAAGUUUUAUGGAGUAGUGAUGAUGAUAACGAAGAAGCUCAAGUACAACCAGCAAAUGUUGAUGAAAUGGAAGUAGAUCUAAGUUCAUUAUUUCAUUCACCAACAAAAGUAGAUGUAUUCUCUUCUUUCAAAACAUCUAACGGUGGAAGCGUUUCGGAAAAAGCAUCUACUUCUACAUUCACUGAUCAAGAGCCAAUUAACUUGAGUGAAGAGUUUUUGAAUAAGUUUUGUAAAGAUAUUUCUGUAUCUUUUUUCGAAGAAUAUGGUCUGAUUAAUCAUCAGAUCGAGUCGUACAAUCAGUUCGUGGAGCAUGGCAUCCAGAAGCUGUUUGAUUCUAUUCCCAUGAUAACUGUUGAACCUGGGUUUGAUCCAUCAAAAAAGGGUGAAGGGGAAUGGAAAUAUGCUAAUGUUUCCUUCGGGAAAGUGAUGUUGGAUAAACCCAUGUUUUGGACCGGGGAGAAGUUUAGUAAAGAUGAUAACAAGGAGAAGUAUUUGAAGUUGUUUCCUAGACAUGCACGGCUUCAGAAUAUGACUUACUCGGCCAGAAUGAAAGUUUCCGUUAAACUGGAGGUUUACACGCAGAAUCUUAUGAAGACUGAUAAAUUCAAAUCCGGUAAAGAACAUUCUGUUCAAAAACAAGUCAUCAGUGAAGACGAAAGGGAUGUUGUAAUUGGUAGAAUUCCGGUGAUGGUGAAGUCUAAUAUGUGUUGGUUGAAUGGCCUCGACAAAAAUGAUUGUGAUUUCGAUCAGGGAGGUUAUUUUGUGGUCAAGGGUGCAGAAAAGGCAUUUAUCGCUCAAGAACAAUUAUGCUUGAAUAGACUAUGGGUUUAUCAAAGUCCAACCUGGCUGGUUCAAUAUAGAUCUGACUCUGAAGUGAAUAAGAGGCGAAGGGUUAAAAUUGAAAUAGAUGAUGCACCAACUGGCGAGGACCAAUAUUUUCAUGGCGGGAAAGUCCUUACCAUGCACUUCAUGAGUUGCAAGAUUCCUCUUUGGAUUGUCUUUUUUGCACUUGGAAUGUCCAGUGAUAAAGAAAUUGUGGAUACGAUUGAGGUUGAUAUUAGCGACGCUCGCACCGUAAACAUUCUCCUUGCCACUAUCAAUAAUGCUGAAAAGGCAUGUCAAGCUUUCAGUAAAGAGCGUGAAGCCCUCAAGUAUAUGGAUGAGCAGAUUAAAAACACAAAAUUUCCACCUGUAGAGGAGAUUGAGGAGGUCAUCGAUAAAUAUUUAUUUCCUCAUCUAAAUGGCCCAAAACAGAAGGCUGUAUUCCUUGGUUAUAUGGUAAAAUAUCUUUUUUUAUGUUACACGGGGAGAAGGAAAUGUGAAAAUAGGGAUGAUUUUCGUAACAAAAGGUUAGGUUUAGCUGGUGAGUUACUUGAAAGAGAGAUGCGAGCACAUAUCAAUCAUGCGAAGAGGAAGAUGGCCAGAGAUAUGCAGAAAGAUUUGUAUGGAGACCGUCCUAUGAAGCCAAUUGAUUAUUAUCUUGAUGCUUCGAUCAUCACAAAUGGUCUCAGCAGAGCUUUUUCUACUGGGCAUUGGACCCAUCCAUUUAAGAAAAGCGAAAAAAUUGCUGGUGUUGUUGCGAACCUUAGACGCUUAAAUCCGCUGCAAAUGACAUCUGAUUUGAGAAAAACACGUCAGCAGGUCGGAUAUGUGGGGAAGGGAGGAGAUGCCAGAUUCCCAAAUCCUUCUCACUGGGGAAAGUUGUGUUUUCUUUCUACUCCGGAUGGGGAAAAAUGUGGGCUUGUAAAGAAUAUGGCGAUCACUGGACUUGUCUCCACAAAUCUGAUGGAGCCAUUGAAUGAUAAGCUUUUUGAUUGUGGAAUGGAGAAGCUUGUAGAUGACGCAUUUUCUGCCUCAUGGAAAGGAAAGGAUAAAGUCUUUGUGAAUGGAAACUGGGUUGGAGUGUGUGAUGAUCCGCUUUCAUUUGUGACAGAUCUAAAACACAGUCGUCGCAGCAAGAGAAUCCCACCACAGGUGGAAAUUAAAUGGGAUCGGAAGCAUGGAGAAGUUCGUAUAUUUUCUGAUGCUGGGAGAAUCCUUAGACCACUUCUCAUUGUUGAGAAUAUAAAGAAGAUCAAAUUGGUGAAAGGGGGUUACAAUUUCCAAUCUCUUCUGGAUGAAGGAAUUGUAGAACUGAUAGGGGUCGAAGAAGAAGAGGACUGCCAAACCGCAUGGGGCAUCAAAUAUCUCUUUCUGGGAGAAAAAGAACAGCCGCCUAUAAAUUAUACGCACUGUGAGCUUGACCUUUCAUUCCUGUUGGGUUUAAGCUGUGGCAUCAUUCCGUUUGCAAACCAUGACCAUGCUAGGAGAGUCCUUUAUCAAUCUGAGAAGCACUCCCAGCAGGCACUUGGGUACUCGACAACAAACCCCAAUAUUAGAGUUGACACACUGUCACAGCAGCUUUAUUAUCCACAGAGACCACUUUUCAGGACCAUGAUCUCAGAUUGUCUCGGACUUCCAGCAUUUCCUCAGGGUCAAAAUGGGGUUCUCGCCAAGCCAGAGUAUUUUAAUGGACAGAAUGCUAUUGUGGCAGUAAAUGUUCAUCAUGGUUACAACCAAGAAGAUUCUUUGGUGAUGAAUCGAGCUUCUUUAGAGCGUGGAAUGUUUCGAACAGAGCACGUUAGGAGUUACAAAGCUGAAGUUGACAACAUGGAGUUAUUCGAGGCGAAAAGGCUAAAAGUAAAGGAUAGAGUUGAUUUUGGUAAAUCGCAAAGCAAAAUUGGACGUGUUGACAGCUUGGACGAUGAUGGGUUUCCGUACAUUGGUGCAAACCUUCAAACUGGAGAUAUUGUCAUAGGUAGGUGUGCAGAAUCUGGGACAGAUCAUAGCAUCAAGUUGAAGCAUACGGAGAAAGGGAAAGUACAAAAAGUAGUGUUGACUGCGAAUGACGAGGGGCAGAACUUUGCUGUUGUUUCUCUGCGUCAGAUCCGAUCACCAAUUCUUGGAGAUAAGUUCUCUAGUAUGCAUGGUCAAAAGGGAGUGGUUGGUCUGUUAGAAUCUCAGGAGAAUUUUCCAUUCACACAUCAAGGGAUAGUUCCAGAUAUUGUGAUCAACCCACAUGCUUUUCCUACUCGACAAACUCCUGGCCAGCUACUUGAGGCAGCUUUAGGAAAAGGAAUUGCUUGUGGAGGUUCAGUUAGAUAUGCUACCCCUUUCACUACUCCUUCUAUCGAUGAGAUAACAAAUCAGUUGCACAGGGCUGGGUUUUCAAGAUGGGGAAGUGAGAGAGUCUAUAAUGGCCAAAGCGGAGAAAUGAUGCGUUCUUUGAUCUUCAUGGGGCCCACAUUUUACCAGAGGUUGAAUCACAUGGCAGAAGAUAAAGUGAAAUAUAGGAACACGGGUCCCGUGCAUCCUCUCACUCGUCAACCUGUAGCAGAUAGGAAGCGUUUUGGUGGGGUGAAGUUUGGGGAGAUGGAGAGAGAUUGCCUUCUCGCCCAUGGUGCUUCUGCUAACCUGCAUGAACGUCUUUUCACACUUAGUGAUUUCUCACAGAUGCAUGUCUGCAACAAAUGUGACAACAUUGCGAAUGUGAUACAGCGAUCUGUUCAAGGGGGUAAUUCUAAGCUCAGGGGUGCUUAUUGUCGCUUUUGUGACUCUGCAGAAAAUAUAGUGAAGGUGAGCCUACCAUAUGGAGCUAAAUUACUUUGUCAAGAGCUUUUUAGCAUGGGAAUAUGUGUCAAGUUUGGCACCGAGUAUUGUUGAGUUCGAGUGAGAGCUUUUUAGCAUGGGAAUAUGUGUCAAGUUUGGCACCGAGUAUUGUUGAGUUCGAGUGAAGGCCUUUCCUCUGUUCCUUGGCAUAUUUUGUGGAUUUGUAUGUAUGGAUUUCUGAAAAUGUUGACUUAGCAGUAGAAAUUCGGUUAUGCGAUGUUGAUAUAUGUAAUACGCUAAACUCUGUUCUGGUAAUAGAAGACUCUAUAUUAACUUCUCUUUUGUA